CGGGGGCGCAGGCGAAGGGAAGGAAGCGGGGGCAUAACCUUCACAAGCGUUUGUGCUAGGGGUUGCAUGGGACCAAAAGGAAGAAGAAAACGGUUACUUGUAUAGGACCAUUGUCUCUCUUCGCCAUUCUUCGUGGCUCUGCUUGUUCGCUUGCUGCUUCACCUUUUUUUUGCUUUGCCCCCAAGAUGUCGUCGUCGUCAUUCUCUUUCCGUCUACUGCUCAUCAGCAUUCUUCUUACUUUUGCUACGUUCGUUACCGCGCAGACGUCGUCGGGGGUGCCUUCGACUCCUCCGCCCACAAGCAGUAAUCGUCCGUCCGUCAAUGGCACCGCGACCAGACCUCCCGAGGUUGCGCCUACGGGAUCCAAUCCCCCAGAUGUGUUGCUCCGCGUUCCAGAGCUGCAUGUAGGCCGCAUUGAAUUGACGGUCGAGAAACUGCAAGCCGAUCUUAACCUCAAUGCCAAAGUCGCGGGGCUCGUCCAGAUCAACGCCGGUGUGCAAGUUGGUAUUGAGAAGGUCAACAUUACCAUUGCGGAUGUCGAUGUUAAUCUCGAGCUCGUCGUACGUCUGGGCAACUUGGUCCAGAUUGUCGAGCGUGUGUUUGACUCUUUGGACCUGAACCCUCUCCUGAUCGGCUUGAUUGGAAACGUUACGGAUCUUGUUGGCGAAGUCAUUGGAGCAGUUGAUGGUUUGCUCGGAUCCAUUACGCAAAACGGAAAAACUCUCAGCUUUCUCGUCGACAACCUGGGCAACAUUGUCCAAGAAGUCGUCGGAGCAGGCACAGAUGCUAUUUCCCAGAUUGUCGGAAACUACAAGCUCAACAUGACCGAAGUCGAAGGCAGCAUCAAGCAAGUCGGCAAAGGUCUCACCCAAAAGACCUACUCAUACGAACCGCUUGGUGCGCUCGUCGACAUCAUUACCAACACUGCCGGCCAAGUCGUGCAGGCGGUAGUGCAGAAGAAGAAUGGCGGUGGUAGUGGAGGAGGAGGCAGUUCUUCUACCACUGCUUCCGCGACGGGAACCCCAAUGCCUGUUACGCUGCCGAUUAGCUCGGCUACGGGUACUGCGUAAACAAAAACGAAUUUAAUUAGCGUGGCGAUGAUAUUUGCGAUAAUGUAAUACGCUUUUUAACUGCAAUUUUGAAGUAUGAAUGAUUGGAUGGGUGAAUGUGGUGAUGUGAUUGGGACUAAGAUUUUCUUAGCGUAGAUGUUGGACUAUUAAGAUACGUUUGUCCUGUUGUAUCGAAAAGGUUUAGUACAGGU